GAUGGCGAUGGGGCAGCACGCGCGCGUGCUCGGCCUCCGGCUUUGCCAAGCAAAAAUCAAGCAGCUGAAGAGGACACGGCUGACGGCUUCCUCCACCUCCACCACCACCGCCGACGCCGCCGCCACACUUGGUUUAGCUCCUCCUCCUCCUCCUCCUCAGAAAUGGAGGCCGGAGCCGUCGCAGCUCUGUAUCCCGCGCACCGAUGCAAAACCAUAUACCUGGUGAGGCAUGCCCAUGGUUUUCACAACGCGGCAGAAGAGUCGGAUAUUAUAGACCACACUUCACCUACGCUGCUUGAUGCUCAACUUACCCCUUUGGGCUGGAGCCAAGUUGAUUGCCUGCGAGAGCAUGUGACGAAAUCUGGACUAGCAAAAAAGAUUGAGUUGGUUAUUGUUUCCCCUCUAAUGAGGACUAUGCAAACUGCAGUGGGGGUCUUUGGUGGUGGGAACUAUACUGAUGGAGUAAGUGCACCCCCAUUAAUGGUAGAAGGUGCAGAAGACAGUGGACGUCAGCCGAUUUCAAGUUUGAACUGCCCACCGUUUCUUGCAGUUGAGGCCUGCAGGGAGAAGUUGAGUGUUCUUACCUCCGACAAGAGGAGCAGCAUAACAAGAUACCGUACUCUCUUUCCUGCCAUUGAUUUUUCCUUGAUAGAGAAUGAUGAAGAUGUUCUUUGGGGACCUGAUGUCAUAGAAACAGAUGAGUCUGUUGUUGCCAGGGGCAUGAAUUUGUUUGACUGGUUAUGGACAAGGGAGGAGAAAGAGAUUGCUAUUGUCACCCAUUGUGGUUUCUUGUAUCACACCCUGAACACGUAUGGUAAAGAGUGUCAUCCAACCGUAGCAGAGGAACUGGGCAAGGUCUUCGCCAACUGUGAGCUCCGGUCGAUGGUGUUGGUCGACAGAAGUAAGCUUGGAUCGGAUACCUGUACAUACAACUUCGCUGGGAAGAUACCAACCGGGCUCGAUAUGCCCAGCAAUGUCGCAGACAAGAAGCAGGCUGAAGAAGCUAGCAAGAACUGAGACUGCCGAGCAAAUGUAUGUCUUUGAUUCCUUUAUCAAACCCUGGUUCUGGCUGACAAUGGUCAAGUUUGAAUUGCAUGCCUGAAAUCGAAGAAUAGACGAGCGGGUAGGACUCGCCAUCUGUCUCCGGAGUGUAUGAUCGACAUGAUUCGUUAUGUUUGUUAUCUGAACACGCACCCAAAAAUUCAUGGGAAUAAGGAUGGUUUAUACA